GCGAGGCGGCUCUUCCCCGCCGUCGGCCCCCUCCCUCCGCCUCGCCAGGGCCGUUCCUGCGGGGGAGGGGGAGAGGGGUCCGCGCCGCGCGAGACGCUCCGAGGAGGGAGGGGGCGGAAGUAGUCGUAGCCUAGGCAACAGGGAGAGACGGGGCCUUGCGCAGCCCCUUCCCUCGGCCCUGCAGGAUGGCCAAAUGUGAAACCUAUGAAAGAAAUUAUGACAACAUAGUAAAACAGCUUGAGGAUCUGAAUAGGGAUUUAGAAAAACUACUGGAAGACAUGGAAAAACUAUCAGUGCAGGCUACAUGGAUGGCUUACGAUAUGGUGGUGAUGCGUGCUAACCCAGAAUUGGCCAACUCAAUGAGACGCCUGGAAGAUGCCUUUCUUACCUGUAAGGAAGAAAUGGAGAGAAAUUGGCAAGAAAUGUUGAAAGAAACCAAAGGUGCUGAACAAAGACCAGAAUAAAUAGCUUUAACAUUUCUGGUUGCAAUGAAAACCUUGGAAGAUUUUUUUUCUUGAGUCAUCACUUUGUUUGCUCAGAAACAUAAAUAUGUGUUUAUAAAAUAGAUUUUAAAUUAUA